GCUUCAGGAACGGGUUAGCUGCUGUGUCAGUUAACAAAUGCUAAGCGCCUACUUCUCGCCUGGCACUGUGCUAAGCAUCGGGGAUACAAAAAGAAGCAAAAGGUAGUCCCUAUCCUCGAGGAGGUGGAGCUGGGGCACCGCGGGAAGCUGGGGUUGGGGCAAGGCGGGGAAGCCCCACGGGUCUCCCCACCUGUGCACGCCCCUUCUCCACCCCUCUCCUGCUGGGUCGCGUCGCCAGGCCCGGCGGGGAGGCUCGUGGGGUGUGGAGCGAUGCUGCCCCGGGGCCGCACAGUCACGGCUGUGGCGCGGGUGUUCCUCUUGGUGGUGAUGGUAGAAGGUAAUGCUCUGGACCCUGGUCAUCGGGAGCUCCCACCCCUUCUAAGGAGCCCCAGGACCUCCCCAGGGCUGAGCCCGAUGUUCAACCAGAGUCCCCUUUCUCAGAAAUCCCAGCUUUGCUCAACUCCCCAAUAUUUUUGGGAUGAGUCAAGUAGACAGUGCUGUAGGAGCUGCCCAGCAGGGCAUUUCCUGGAAGCGGCCUGCACUGAGCCCCAAGGCCCUUCCUCCUGUCAGCCCUGCCAUCAAGACACCUUCCUGUCUAAAGAGGACCAUAAGUCAAUGCAGUGUGCCCGAUGUCGACUCUGUGAUGAGGAUGGCCCUGCCUAUCAGGUUGUUGUCCGGAACUGCUCAUCGGUGGCCAACACCCAGUGUGGCUGUGCUCCCGGCUGGUUCCCGGAGUGCUCUGUGAACCCCUGCGGGACUGAUUCACCUUUCCUCUGCAUUCAAUGCCGGGACUGUGAAACUCUGCACCGACACACACUGGUCCCUUGUUCUGGAACAGACACUGUUUGUGGGAGCUGUUUGCCAGGCUUCUGUCAGGACCAGAAGAACAGUUGUGUUCCUGCACCCUGCUCCAUAACCGAGAGUGGAAAGGAACUGUCCACAGUGAUCAGCCCAAGGACCACUCCUAGCCAGCCUACAGGGGUCUGGCUUCAGUACUUCUUGGUGGUGCCAACGUCGCUAACAGUUCUGCUCUUGCUAGGAUGGGGCCUGUUCUACAGCUACCAGAAAUGCUGGGUCCUAAAACCCCAGGCUCAUUAUGAAACAGAAAUGGAGGCCUUGAAACGCCAGUGGGUACUCAACCCUUCACCAGUAGGCAGGCCUUCCCUCCCUCUGAAUAGAUACAAUGAGAUGUGUGCUCUACAGCUUGUGGGGAACCGUGGUCCUAGCAGUCCUCCACUGGCCCGGGAAGUCGCGGGUCCAGAAAAUUCAUGGCCUGUGCUCUGGGGCCAACCGCCCAACAGAGGGAAUGGUCCUGAGGCCGGCACUCUCCAGCCAGGCCCACAGCUGUACGAGGUGAUGGACGCAGUCCCGGCACGGCGCUGGAAGGAGUUCGUACGAACCCUGGGACUUCGGGAGGCAGAGAUCGAGGCAGUGGAGGCGGAGAUUGGCCGCUUUCGCGAUCAGCAGUAUGAGAUGCUCAAGCGCUGGCGCCAGCAGCAGCCCGCAGGGCUGGGCGCAGUAUACGCCGCCCUGGAGCGCAUGGGACUGGAAGGCUGCGCCGAAGAUCUGCGCAGCCGGCUGCAGCGGGGCCCGUGACCGUGACCGUGACCGUGACUGUGGUGGAGAAGGGACUGACGCCUUCUUGGCGCCCUGCCUCUCUCCUUCUCUCCUGCCCGCCGGCCGAGGAAAAAAGGAGGCUCAGGCCCCCAAGGUGGUGGCCGUCCGAAGCACUAAGUAUGGUUACUUAAGUCUGUAGACAUGUUAUGUCACUUACACUGCCCCUGAUUUGGAGCGGCUAUUCCCUCCCCCUCCCCCUCCUCCCUCCUCCCUCCUCCCUCCUCCCUCUCAGAACCCGAGCUCGGGAGGACACGCGUGUCUGUGCUGGGACAGAGGGUGUUAACCUUUCACAUCGCUUGGAGGUUGCUGCUAGUUCAAUAUUA